AUGGCUGAAUUUUUGAUCAAGGCGCACCGUAUAAGGAAGAGGUAUGGUUCGGCUUCUUUCGAUGCGCUCUCUGAGACUUCUCUCACGUUUUCUCGAGGAGAACUCGUUGCGAUCAUCGGGCCAAACGGUGCUGGAAAAUCGACCUUAUUCGACAUUCUCGCAGGACUUAUGGCGCCGAGUUCCGGCCACGUCAUUCGAAACGUUUCUGAGCAAGAGAUCGGAUGGUGUCCGCAGCGAGAGAUCAUAGAUUGGUCCUUAACCGUUCAACAAAACAUUUUGCUCGGUUUUGAUUUGCGUGAAAAAAGAUUUCACCGGCGCCAAGACAUCAGUGCCCUCGCUGAGCUUUUGGGCCUUACUCGUUUUCUCGAUAGAACGGCAGAGACGCUGUCGGGAGGUGAACUCCGCCGCACACAGAUAGCGCGGGCACUGGCGGGAAAUACAUCAUGUGUUAUUUUGGACGAGCCAACGACAGGACUUGAUCCUGAUGGCACUCAAUCGGUGUUCGAAUAUUUAGUUCAUAAGGCGAAAGACGGCGGAACCGCUUUGGUUAGUACGCACGAAACCUCACGUUUCGCGCGCUACUGCAGCCGCGUUGUUGCGCUCAAAAGCGGACGUGUCAUUGCAGAUAUGCCAGCAUCAGAAUUCGUUAGAAAAGGAAGCGAUUCUGAGGAUCUGUGGAAUGCUUACCUGGCGAUCGCAGAAUCGGUACAUUGUGACAAGGGACGUGAAACAUGA